AUGCCCACCAACUUCACCGUGGUGCCCGUGGACGGGCGCACGGACGCGGCGCAGCCCCAGGACGGCGGGGACGAGGCGGCGGGGCGGCCGGACGAGCGGGACUGCCCCGAGGGCCGCGCGGGGCCCGAGCCUGACCGGCUGAGCCAUGGAGAUGGCACUGCCAGGGAGGCCAGCCCUUUCAUCAGCAAUGUGGAGGCGGAGCGGGAGAACUUUCUGGAAGGGAAGAACAUGGCCCUGUUUGAGGAGGAGAUGGACAGCAACCCCAUGGUGUCCUCGCUACUCAACAAGCUGGCCAACUACACCAACCUGAGCCAGGGCGUGGUGGAGCACGAGGAGGACGAGGACAGCCGGCGCAAGGAGAUCAAGUCCCCACACAUGGGCACCUUCAUCGGCGUGUACCUGCCCUGCCUGCAGAACAUCCUGGGCGUCAUCCUCUUCCUCCGGCUCACCUGGAUCGUGGGCGUGGCCGGGGUGCUGGAGUCUCUACUCAUCGUGUCUCUGUGCUGCACCUGUACCAUGCUGACCGCCAUCUCUAUGAGUGCCAUUGCCACCAAUGGGGUGGUCCCAGCUGGUGGCUCUUACUACAUGAUUUCACGGUCACUGGGGCCUGAGUUUGGAGGGGCUGUUGGGCUCUGCUUCUACCUGGGCACCACCUUUGCGGGAGCCAUGUACAUUUUGGGGACCAUUGAGAUUUUUCUGACCUACAUAUCGCCGGGUGCGGUCGUGUUCCAGGCAGAGGCUGCGGGCGGGGAGGCGGCCGCCAUGCUGCACAACAUGCGUGUGUAUGGCACGUGCACACUCGUCCUCAUGGCCACUGUGGUCUUCGUGGGUGUUAAGUAUGUCAACAAAUUGGCCCUGGUCUUCCUCGCCUGCGUGGUGCUGUCCAUCCUGGCCAUCUACGCUGGGGUCAUCAAGACUGCCUUUGACCCACCCGACAUCCCGGUCUGCCUGCUCGGGAACCGGACGCUGUCCUGGCGCAGUUUUGAGGUCUGUGCCAAGGUGCGUGCUGGCCCCAAUGGCUCGACACCCACGGCCCUGUGGGGUCUCUUCUGCAAUGGCUCAGCAGCCGAUGCCGCCUGCGAUGAGUAUUUCCUCCAGAACAACUUGACCGUCAUCCAGGGCAUUCCUGGAGUGGCCAGUGGAGUUGUGCUGGAUAAUCUGUGGAGUACAUACCUGGACAAAGGCUCGUUUGUGGAGAACAAGGGCACGCCCUCGGUCCCUGUGUCCGUCGAGGCCAAGGCCAGCAGCCUGCCCUACGUGCUGACGGACAUCAUGACGCACUUCACCCUUCUGGUCGGCAUCUACUUCCCCUCAGUGACCGGCAUCAUGGCAGGCUCCAACCGCUCCGGGGAUCUCAGGGAUGCCCAGAAGUCCAUCCCCACAGGCACCAUCCUGGCCAUCGUGACCACGUCCUUCAUCUACCUGUCCUGCAUUGUACUGUUUGGGGCCUGCAUUGAAGGCGUGGUCCUGCGAGAUAAGCACUCAGAGGGCAGGAUGGGGAGGCGCAGGCCAGCAGGGUUGGGUGUCCCUGCUCUCCUCUCUUCUGGUCCCCUGGCUGGUCUGCUCUGUGCCCUCUUUGGGCAGGUGUUCGGCCAUGGUAAGGCCAAUGGGGAGCCCACCUGGGCCCUGCUGCUGACCGCCCUCAUCUGUGAGAUCGGCAUCAUCAUCGCGACCCCUGACACUGUGCCCUGAUCCCACCCUGUCUGUAGGUUUUUCCUCAUGUGCUACAUGUUCGUAAACCUGGCCUGUGCCGUGCAGACCCUGCUGCGCACCCCCAACUGGCGCCCCCGCUUCAAGUACUACCACUGGACACUCUCGUUUCUGGGAAUGAGCCUGUGUCUGGCCCUGAUGUUCAUCUGCUCCUGGUACUAUGCGCUCUGUGCCAUGCUCAUCGCCGGCUGCAUCUACAAGUACAUCGAAUACCGAGGGGCAGAGAAGGAGUGGGGUGAUGGUAUCCGGGGUCUGUCUCUGAAUGCUGCCCGCUAUGCACUACUCCGUGUGGAACAUGGGCCCCCCCACACCAAGAACUGGAGACCCCAGGUGCUGGUGAUGCUCAACUUGGACGAGGAUCAGGCCGUGAAGCACCCACGCCUGCUGUCCCUCACAACCCAACUGAAGGCCGGCAAGGGUCUGACCAUUGUGGGCUCCGUGCUUGAGGGCACCUAUCUGGACAAGCAUACUGAAGCCCAGCGUGCUGAGGAGAACAUCCGGUCCCUGAUGGGUGUGGAGAAGACCAAGGGCUUCUGUCAGCUGGUGGUAUCGUCCAGCCUACGGGAUGGCACAUCCCACCUGAUCCAGUCCGCUGGCUUGGGGGGAAUGAAGCACAACACGGUGCUGAUGGCCUGGCCGGAGUCCUGGAGACAGGAGGACAACACCUUCUCAUGGAAGAACUUUGUUGACACUGUCCGAGACACCACGGCGGCACACCAGGCCCUGCUGGUGGCCAAGAACGUGGACCUGUUCCCACAGAACCAGGAGCGUUUCAGUGACGGCCACAUUGACGUGUGGUGGGUCGUUCACGACGGGGGCAUGCUCAUGCUGCUGCCAUUCCUGCUACGCCAGCACAAGGUGUGGAGGAAGUGCCGCAUGCGCAUCUUCACGGUGGCCCAGGUGGACGACAACAGCAUCCAGAUGAAGAAGGACCUGCAGAUGUUCCUGUACCACCUGCGCAUCAGUGCCGAGGUGGAGGUGGUGGAGAUGGUUGAGAACGACAUCUCUGCAUUCACCUAUGAGAAGACACUGAUGAUGGAGCAGAGGUCUCAGAUGCUAAAGCAGAUGCAGCUGUCCAAGAAUGAGCGUGAGCGAGAGGCCCAGCUCAUUCAUGACCGGAACACGGCAUCUCACUUGGCGGUGGCUGCCAAGACUCAGGCCCCACCCACACCAGAUAGGGUGCAGAUGACCUGGACCAAGGAGAAGCUGGUCUCGGAGAAGCACAAGGUCAAGGACGCCAACAUGGCUGGCUUUAAGGACAUCUUUAGCCUGAAGCCGAACCAGUCCAACGUCAGGAGGAUGCACACAGCUGUGAAGCUCAAUGGAGUCGUCCUCAGCAAGUCCCAGGAUGCCCAGCUGGUGUUACUAAACAUGCCAGGGCCUCCCAAGAACCGACAGGGUGACGAGAACUACAUGGAGUUCCUGGAAGUCCUGACUGAGGGCCUGAACCGUGUCCUCCUGGUCCGGGGUGGCGGCCGGGAGGUCAUCACCAUCUAUUCCUAA